AUGACGCUUCUCAUAGCCAACAUGGUUUCCAGAAACAGACUGGCGAAGUUGAAUGGUCUAAAGUCAUCAGACAACCCGCCUGCCUAUGAGCAAGACGAAAAUCUACUCGUCAUCGGCAUCGAUUUCGGGACCAUCUAUUCAGCUGGCCAGGGUCGGGUCGAGAAGAGGGUGGAAAAGGAUGCCAACCCCAUGACUUGGUUUAAGCUCUUGCUCCUGAAGCAGGAGGACCUAUCUCCCGAGCUGUGCUCUUCCGAGUUCCUCAUCCGAGCCCGGAAGAUGGCGUUAGAGCAUCAAAAGACACCCUUCGACCUGAUCGCGGACUACCUGCAGGCGAUUUGGAACCACACGCUUGAGGGCAUCGCCAAGGACCGCGGAGACUCAGUCCUCGAAGCGUACCAGUUCCACGUCGUCAUUACUGUCCCUGCCAUCUGGAAGGACUAUGCCAGGCAGGACAUGGAGAAGGCGGCCAAAAAGGCCGGUAUUCUCGAUCGCAGAACGGCGGGCAAGACUAUCCUGACAUUUGCCCCAAAACCAGAGGCUGCCGUCCUAUCGACUCUGUGUGACCCAGGGCGCGAACCCAAGACGGGUGAUGUGUACUUCAUUUGCGAUGCCGGAGGUGGCACAGUUGAUCUCAUCACCUACGAGAUCACGGGCGUCGACCCGAUCCUGAUGAGGGAGGCCGUUGAAGGAACAGGCGGACUCUGUGGAGGUACCUUCAUCGACGAGGAGCUCGAGGCCAGGAUAAGGAAUCGCCUAAGCUGCAAGUGGGGUCAAAUCAGCCAGUCGGGAAUCAAGGAGAUGCUCAAGGGCGACUGGGAGCUUUCCAUUAAGCCACAGGAUAAGCCUGGAAAAGGGAAAAAGGAAUACGUGGUGUCGAUCCCGGCCGAAGCUUACCAGAAGGACAACGAGCUAUUCGACGACAUGACAAGAGAGCCUUUCAUCAAGAAGGGCCGUAUGCAUCUCAAAGGAUGUCACAUCGAACAGGUCUUUGAAGAGUCGUUUUCCAAGAUUGAUAAGCUUAUUGAAGCCCAAAUCCUUAAGGCCAAGAAGCAGGGCCUGUCGUUGACUGGAAUCAUUCUCGUUGGCGGUUUGGGGGGCAGCCCUUAUCUGUAUGAGCACUUGAGGGCUCAACAUGGACCAGCCAGCAUCAGCAUCCUGCAAUCAACCGGAAUGAGACCGCGUACGGCAAUCUGUCGAGGAGCCAUGUACAAAGGCUUCAUGAGCGGAACCGCGUCCUCCAACCGAGAGUGCCAUAUUCCAAUCCAAGUCACCUCGACCGUCUCAAGAGCUAGUUACGGGGACAAGGUAUGGGACGAAACGUCACAAGAGUGGGAGGCCGGAAACCAAAUGACAUGGUACCUGAAAAAGGGAGAAAACGUGUCAACCAAGGCCCCAGUGUCCCACUCCUGGCACGUGCUGUACGAAACAAACAGCAGCUUCGACGGAACCAUUAAAGUAACGAUCUGUCAGUGCCAGGAGGAUACGCCCCCCACGCGCAAGAACGACAGCGUUGAGACGUGGGCCACCAUCGAGUGCUCGAUCGAUACUCCCUUCUGGGGCAUGAAAUAUCACUGGAACGAGGUCGGGAUCAGAGUAAAGAAGCUAGACUACCACGUCGAGAUGGUUCCGUCUGGUGCCUCUGUGAGUUUGCGGUUGUAG